AGCUGUCUCAGAGAGAAUCAUGCAGAACCCAGAAAAUUGUUCACAUGACCAUCAUCGAUUUUGUUCUGAACUUCCCCAAAUGUUCAGUUGACCAAAAAAAUAGAUUCUAUGCAAAAAAGAGUGUUGUGUUUUGGUUAUUCUUUGACUUUUGUCACUUUGAAAAUUGAGCCUUCUGAAGUCAGUUCAGGCUGUUUAACAUUGAAAUAAUAGGGAAAAUCCUUUCACUUUGACAAUCAAAAUCUCUCAUGGGGACGCUUCCAAUUUCUUAAAACUAAGCUGAACUUACCGCUAAGACAGUUUGAAGUUGCCUUCUGCUAAUUUUACCCAAGGAUAUGGCAUAAAAUAUACCAAAAAUUUAUUUUUUUUCAUACAGAUUUGGAUGCGCGUAGCGUCGCCAUUUCUCACCAGAUGGCGACAGCUGAAAGGAGAGAACGAGCAGAAGACAGAAAACUGAAUGCUAUAUAAAUACAGUGAAGCCUUGCUAUAAUGCGGUUCACCUUUCCCGGCUUCGCUGUUUCACGGAUUUUUUAGCGCAUUUUUAAAUGCUUUUUUUUUUUUUUUUUUAAAGUGCAUUGUGUUCUGGGGACUGACCAACGUGAACAGUCUCUGCGCCUCGUCUCCUCUGCCAUACAGGCCAGCGCUGCCUGCUGUGGAGCGCUGGAUCAUUUCUCUCCUUGGUCUCCAUGUAGUGAGACACCCUGAAAGACGGAGCCGAAAGAGCAGCCUUAUUCUUUUCCCCCGCCGUCAACCGGACAGUGGACGUGGUCCCCAGCCGUCUCUGGCCACUGCAGCCGCGAAGAGCGCCGGCGCGAACCUUCCCCACCCCCGACUGCUCCAAUUGAUUCAGCCGGCCCGCUCUGAGGCAGGAGUACCGCCGCGGCAUUCACCUGGCUGCAGCUGCAGCGCUCCCCCAAGUGCAGUAUUGUAUAAUAACUGUAAAAAAUAAAGCUGACUACUUCACGGAUUUUGCCUAUCGCGGGUUCUUUUUGGAACGUAACCCCCGCGAUAAACGAGGGUUCACUGUACAUUUAUUUAUUUUUAAAAUUGCACGUUUUUAGAACCAAACAUAAAAUACGAACAACUUCCUGUCUCCCAUGGAGGUCACGUGUUUCCUGUCACCCGUGGAGGUUGGAGGUCUGCUUUUUUUGGUGAAGAUUAGAAGAUGGCCUGUAUUUUUGAAGGGGUUUAUGGGAAAGACUGUGGUGGGCAUAGAGUUUCACUUUCUUCAUGUGAUGCUGACACCUCCGGACACCUGUUCACUUUGAAGAUCUCCGAUGCAGAACUGACUGAGUGCGAUCUGAUAAUCAGCAGAGGUCGGGCUUUGCUGGGUCAGGAGAUUGACAAGAACAACUCUAUUUGUGCUGUGCAUCGAGAAGAGUUGGGCACCAGGUGGAGACGUUUCACAAGGACUUGUCAGUAUCCUACCCACUCCGGUUCCGGCAAAGGCACUCGUCACAUUUAUCACAAAAUGUAUCUUGAGUUAUUGGAAAUGAACUCAACCCAUCACCCUCCACCAAUUGGUGCAAAGCUUUGUGAGGGCUGCAGAAAGUACCAUCAGACAGCAUACAGAGAUUAUCAGCUUCAGCUUGAAAGUUCUUCCAUGCCCAUGUCAUCUCAAAGCUCUCAGCCAGUGUCCAUCAUGUCAUCGCAAGAUUCAGUGAACUCUUGGAAAGGACAGACAGUUUCACUUGAAGAAAUUAAUUCUGCACUUGCUGUUCUCUGCAAGGCUGCUGGCGUCGACACCAUCCGCCUGAAUUCUAGACUUUCAACGAGUUGGAAUGAUCUUGGCAGAACAGCACAGUACCAGUACAGGUUGCAGCUUAGACAACUAGAGAGAAUGACACAAGAGCUUGUGGCACCAGGUCAAGGUGAGCUGCUCACUGAGGAUGAUGCUGAAGAGCCUGCAAGUACAUCAGAAUCCAGUGGAAAAAUUGUGGACAACUUGGUGCACAUUUAUUCUACAAGUGAAACAUGGCAGCAAAAGAGACAGAUCCUUUCUAUCCUGUGUUCAGACUUUACUAAGUCUGAUCUGUUGAGUAUGAUCCCCGGGGUAACAGUGUAUGCCGUCGAUGCUGCCAGACAUCACGCAGCAUUGUCUGGUGCAGGUACUGCCGUCAAGGCCACUCCAACUGUGCGGGAUCGCCUAUCUCAGGUCAAAGUUGACCACUUCCUUGACUUCCUCAUGGACCCAGUAUACCUGAAGAGUGUUUCAUACGGUGACAGGGAGCUACGCCUUUCAACAGGACAGGUACUUACAAUACCAAACAUGCUGCGGACAGUGCACACUAGUCACCUUGUAGAAAACUACCAAACUUAUUGCUUUGAAACCAAGUUUGAAUGCCUGCCAAGAGCAACAUUGUUCAGGAUUCUGCAAGACUGCCAGGCAUCCUACAGUACAAGUUUACAGGGCUUGGACAACAUCUCGGCCAGAGGAGCGGAGGCAUUCAACCAACUGCAGGACAUCUGUCAGCGACUGCAGCUCAGUGGACAAAGUGUGGCAUGGUCUAGGGACAUCAAGGAACUCAUAACUGCAAGCCAAGAGUACCUCAAGGUACACUACAGAGGCCAUAUCAGUCUGUUUUCCAAGUGUCCACAUCACUGUAUAGCAUACUCGCUGUCAGAUCCCAAGGACAAAGACUACCAGACUGCAUGCAGCCACGAACACAGCGAGGUGUGUCCUGGGUGUUGCCUCCUUGACAGGAUUCAGCAUGAGUUGGAGACCGCAGUGGCUGAUGUUUCCAGUGAUGACCUGAGGGAAGAGCUUGUGCAUGACCUCACUUCAAGUGUAACCGCUAUCCACGACUACAGAUCUCAUAUCAUGAGAUGUGUCAAUCAAGACAGAUGCAGAGUCGCUUGUUUGGACAGCCUGCAACAGAACCAGGCCAUGGUUGUCUGUGACUGGGCGAUGAAAUUCCUGCCUGUCUACUAUCGAGAGAAGCAGCAGGACUUCUUCGGCAAGCGGGGUAAAAGUUGGCAUGUCUCUGCAGUCAUCCACCGAGAGGAUGGUGACCUGAAAGUGAGGACGUUUGUGCACAUAUUUGAGCAAACACGACAGGAUUGGCAGUCAGUUGCUGCCAUCCUUCUCAACACCCUGGCAACCAUCAAGAAGCAGCUGUCACAGAUCACAGAGGUCUAUCUGAGAUCAGACAAUGCUGGGUGUUACAAGUGUGGUGCCCUUCUUGCCCUCCUCCCGGCUAUUGAACAGCAAUCAGGUCCUCUCCGACAACGCAUUCGCCGCUACGUCUCGGAGGGCCAUGACGUGGACACUGCGCAAAAAAUGAAAGAAGCCCUGGAUGAUGGAGGUGGAGUCAAAAGCGUCCAGGUUGCCAUUGCCCACUUCUCCCCCAAGCCAGUGAGAAACCCGAAGUGGAUUGGCAUCCAGUCUUUGAUGAAUUUCAGAUAUGACAGUAGUCAUGAAACAGUUUCAUCUUACAAGGCCUACGAUAUUGGACCUGGAAAGUCUGUGAAGACAGCUACAUUCUGGAGUGAAACUCCUCCCAUCCUUCAACUUGACAUUGUCCAGAAUUUCUCGCUUCCCACUAAGCCAACAGGAGACGUAAUCGGCAAAAGAGCCAAGAUGACUGCCACAUCAACUGCAUCUGAGACAGAGGACCAUGAAUUGCCAGACUUCAUUCUACCCUGCUGUGAUCCCCAAUGUGACUUUGUGGCCCACAGUUAUGAAAUGUUGGACACCCACAUCGCCACCGAGAAGCACAUCAUGACAAGUCAUGACAAGAUAAUGCUGAAAUGGAAGGACCGCUUGGAGAGUGUGACCAGUGCCAUUAAAGCAGCCAGGUCUUCAACCACAGAUGACUCCCUCACAGGAGCUGUUCCUCCUCCCCAGGGAUGGGCACUGAAAGGCACCAUCAAGGCCAGCCACUACAGCCAGGAGGUAAAAGCCUACCUACAGGAACUGUUUGAGACUGGACGCCGCACUGGAAGGAAGUCAGAUCCAGCGGAUGUUGCGAGAGACUUGAAGUCAGCAAGAAUGGCUACAGGUGCAAAGCGCUUCAAGUCAGAUGAUUGGCUGUCUGCAUCCCAAGUAGCCAGCUACUUUUCUCGGUUGGCUGCAGCUCAUCACACACAGUCUGCUCCAGAUUCAACCACCACAGCUGAAAAUGAUGACUCUGAUGCCAGGGCUGUUGAACGUGAAGAACUGAGAAACUCUCUUCUGAAGGGCCUUACAGUGUAGCCUAGCUAUGUCCUGAAUGUUUGUUAGUGGAUGUCUAACUCUCACUACUUAAUAUAUAAAUAUAUAUGUUUUUCACUGAAUUCAUCUUCCUUGGAUAUGGAAAACAUAACCAUAUUGUCAUGUACACUUAGUGAUUACAGAACAUGCAGUAUCUUUCUUCUCAAUUUCUUUGUUCAUGCUGCUAUAGUACAGGGCCACCAUGACGUAGCUGGCAUAUGUAUGUAUACAUGUGGAUAUAUAAUGAUAUAUGAUAU